AUGGGUUCCAACCCUCCUCUACUUCCUCCAAUUUGUGAGGAGCAACCUCAUUCUGAAUCUCAAAGAGUUGAAUCUAAAAGUUUAAGAGAUGAGUCUCAAAGAGCCAAUUUUGAUCAAGAAGUUGAUACCAAUUCUCUUGAGCGUGAUCCAGGAUUACGUCCUCAAAUAGACACAUUUCCGCCUAAUCAACGUGAUAAUGUUCGAAGAGCAUAUAUUCUCUUAGGACCAUGUCAACCAAAACUAAAGGAAUAUCCAUCUCAUUUAGAAGGGAAACAAAUGCGUCGAUUUAAUGGUAAUUGGUAUAACCAUUAUCCUUGGCUUGAGUAUUAUGUUCAUAAAGAUAAAGUUUUUUAUUUUCGAUGCUUUCUUUUUGACAUUGAUCACUCACAUAAGGCAUUCACUGUAGAUGGAUUUAGAAAUUGGAGAAGAGUUGGUGGCAAAGAGUGUGCUUUCCUUACUCAUGUAGGCAUUAUAAAUUCACCACAUCAUUUUGCUAUCCAAAAGUGGAUGGAUUUAAAGAACCCGACUCACCAUAUUGAUAGAGUUGUGCAACCCCAACAAGAAGUUUCGAAAAAUAGGUUGAGGCUUACAACCACAAUAGAGGCCGUUAGGUAUUUAGCAAAUCAAGGAAUGGCUUUUAGAGGUGAUGAUGAAUCUCAUGACUCCUUUAAUCGGGGUAAUUUUAUUGAGUUGGUAAAGGUUUUUGCAAGAAUGAACGAAGAAGUUGAAAAAGUUGUGUUACAAAAUGCUCCUCUAAAUGCCCAAUAUAUUUCACAUAAGAUACAAAAGGAGAUCCUAAAUAUCUAUGCUAAUAAAGUGAGGAAAAGGAUACGCGAUGAAAUUGGGGAAGAUGAGAAAUUUUGUAUUCUCGUUGAUGAAGCACUUGACGAUUCUAAGAAGGAACAAAUGGCUAUUAUCAUAAGGUUUGUUAGUUGUGAUGGGCAUAUUCGAGAAAGGUUUUUUGAUAUUGUGAGUGUUCAUGACACUAAUUUCUCAACUCUUAAAAGUGAUAUUUGUAAAGUGUUUAGUAAGCAAUAUGCGUGGUCAAGGAUAUGA